AUGGUACAUAGAAUCACAGAAUGGGCCCCCCCCCUCUCCGCCAGCCGCAAGCGGCAGUUCUGCCAUCUGGUCGAGAGCACGGCGCGGGAGUGCGGGGAGUACGCCCACACCCGCUACUGGCAGGGCGGCCUGCUCACCAACGCCCACAUCCAGCUCGGGGCCGGCGUCCGCCUGCCCGACCUCCUCGUCUUCCUCAGCAGCCUCAACAACGUCUUCGAGCCCCACGUGGCCAUCCGGGACGCUGCCAAGAUGAACAUCCCCACGGUGGGGGUGGUGGACACGAACUGCAACCCCUGCUUGAUCACCUACCCCAUCCCCGGCAACGAUGACAGCCCCACCGCCAUGGAGCUCUACUGCAAGCUCUUCAGGAUGACCAUCAUCCGCGCCAAGGACAUGAGGAGGCAGACUGAGGUCUUCCAGGAGCUGCGGAGCAAAGCGGCGGGGCAGUUAGAGCCCUAG